AUGCAUACUCGGACGUACAUAGAAAUACAUACACACACACACACACACACACACACACACAUACAUACAUACAUACACAUACACACACACACACACGCUCAUUUAUACAUUCACCACAUAUCAACCACAGCUAUUUAUUAG